AUAUACUCUCGUCUCUCUAUACCAGAUACACAUCUCUCAUCAACAUCCUCAAUUUGAUUUUUCAUCUACACCUCUCUAUUAUUCUACUAUAUCCUUAAUCAAAUGUAUCAAGAAAACCUAAUCAAUGUAUCUGAUGCAUGGUUAUGGUUGGGGAAUUUUGGCAACACGAACAUUCGUGCAUGCAUACUAAUGACUAUACUUGUAUUCAUUUCAUGGUUUGCAGUAUUCAUUAAGUCGAAGAAGACUAGCCAUCCAUUACCACCAGGCCCUAGAGGCUUGCCGCUAGUUGGAAACUUCUUGUCUCUUGACGCGGACAACCUCCACAUAUGUUUCGCGAAUCUGGCUAAAACCUAUGGUCCAGUCAUGAAACUUCAGCUAGGCCGAAAGGCAUGUAUUGUGAUCACCUCCCCUUCCUUGGCAUGUGAAGUGUUUAAAGAACAAGAAAUCAACUUUAUUAACCGCGAGGUUACAGCUGCAGGAUUUGAGGCCUCGUAUGGUGGCACGGACAUUGUGUGGACACCAUACGGGCCUGAGUGGCGAAUGUUGAGGAAGGUUUGUGUGCAUGAGAUGCUAAGUAACACUGCAUUAGACUCUGUUUAUAGUCUGAGAAGGAGAGAGAUCCGACGGACUGUUCAGUAUAUAUACAGCCAAAUAGGUUCACCAGUUAAUGUAGGUGAGCACAUGUUCUUGACGAUAAUAAAUGUUAUUACUAACAUGAUGUGGGGUAGUACAGUUAAGGGAGAAGAAAGGGUUGUGAUUGGAACAAAGUUUAGGCAAGUGGUUAAUGAAAUCACUCAGCUGUUGGGAAUGCCUAAUGUAUCGGAUUUUCAUCCUGGUCUUGCUAGAUACGAUUUUCAAGGGAUCCAGAAGAAGAUGAAAGACUUGGUAAAGAGGUUUGACGAUAUCUUUGAGACUGUUAUCAGUGAAAAGCAGAAAACAGGACAGGAAGGGAUUAGGGAUUUUAUGGAGUGUUUGUUGAAGUUUAAAAGUGAUCCAGAUGCGAAAAUUCCUUUUACCAUGACCCAUAUUAAGGCCUUGCUCAUGGAUAUGGUGGUUGGUGGAAGUGAGUCAACCUCGAACACAAUGGAGUUUGCGUUGGCUGAGUUGAUAAACAAACCACAACUAAUGCAGAAAGUUCAAGAAGAAUUGCAGACUGUAGUUGGAGACGAUGACAUGGUAGAAGAAUCUCAUAUUCACAAACUACCUUACUUAUAUGCAGUUAUGAAAGAGACUCUUAGGUUACACGCUCCUAUACCGCUCAUGGUGCCUCGUUGUCCUACUGAGACAAGUGUUGUUGGCGGCUACACAAUUCCAAAAGGAGCCCGUGUUUUUAUAAACGUAUGGUCUAUACACCGGGAUCCUAGCAUUUGGGAAAGACCUCUGGAAUUUGAUCCUGAGAGAUUUUUAGAUGAUAAAUGGGAUCACAGUGGCAAAAAUUUUAGUUAUUUACCAUUUGGAUCAGGACGGAGAAUUUGUGCUGGGAUUACUAUGGCUGAAAGGAUGUUCUUGCUUUCCCUUGCAUCACUAGUGCAUUCGUUUAACUGGAACCUCCCGCAAGGAAUGAAAAUUGAUUUAUCUGAGAAGUUCGGGAUUGUGUUAAAGAAAAGAAUUCCUCUUGUUGCUAUUCCAACACCAAAACUAUCCAAACUUGAGCUCUACCAGUGAACAGGAUAGUCCAUAAUUCAUGUUGUUACUUUUUCCUAGUCAAAACUUAAAAUAAAUAACCUGUUCAUGUAAAAAAUCACUUAAUAUUAAUUAGCAAAAAAGAAAAUAACCGUUCUCAUUUUUA